AUGCGCUACUCAUUCAUCAUCACCGCUCUGAGCCUCCUCUCAUCGGCUUUGGCCAUCACCGUCACCGCUCCCUCGUCAGACUCGGUGUGGGAUUUCUCCACUGCCAAAACUAUCAAAUUCACUAGCGGUUCUAGUGACCCUUCGGUAAUCAGCAUCAUCCUGAGAUCGAAGGAUGGCUCCUUCCAGACCAAAUUGGCGGAUAACGUCAAGACCUCUGAGGGCGAAUACACGACCCAGCCUAACCCUAGCAUUUCCAACGGAGAUGACUACGAGAUCCAGAUAAUUGAUUCUGGGGGCCAGCUCGCCGUCAGUGACACCUUUACUGUCAAGAAGGGCGCUUCAGAUGAUGGUACUACAUCCUUGUCUUCUUCCACCUCUUCUUCUACUUCUUCCACGUCUUCUUCCACGUCGUCUACGUCUACUUCCACGUCUUCUUCUUCUACGUCUACUACCACUUCUUCUUCUUCCACUACCACCACCACCACUUCUUCUUCCGCGACGACCACUUUUACAUCCGUCACCCCCACCCUUACAUCCUUGGUGUCUUCGACAUCCACGUCGUCGACUGAUCCUUCGUCUUCUUCAGCCUCCACCACUUCCUCUUCCGACUCUUCAUCCACCAGUGCCUCCGCCUCCGCUGUACCCUCGACUGAUGCUGCAUCAUCUCAGCUCAGCGGCCCCAAGGGAGCCAUGGCUGUACUCGGCGCUGCUUUCGCGCUCAUUUACGUCUAG